AUGGAGUUCGUCACCCGAAACACAACCAUCCCGGACCGUAGAGUUCUUGACAUGUUUCGGGCGAUCGAUGGCCGUCUUCAACUCGUUCAGGAGUUCAUCGACGGCGAUGUACUUGAGGAUGUGUGGCACCUUCUGGCGGAGGACCAGCGAAAGGAUGCUAUGGCUAUGGUCCAACUGAAGGGAUACAUGGACCAACUCCGGUCCCUUCAAUCGCCCGAACCAGGAAAAGUCCAGGCUGUGGAUGGUCGCAGGCUGACGGACAUUCGAAUACAUACGGAGGAAUGGGGCCCCUUCGAGUCUCAUGAAGAUUUUGGUGAUUUUUCUUACAGAGGUUAUGUCAAGAGAAAUCUUGACAAAUAUGAAGGUACUGCUGAAGCUUACACCAGGGUUAAAGGGCGGAAGCGGAAAAUGGCAUUCGCACAUGGAGAUCUUGGACCCCACAAUAUCCUCUGGAAAGAUGGAUGCAUUAUAGCCAUCAUUGACUGGGAGUUUGCAGGAUUGUUUCCGGAAUACUGGGAACACACUCGCACAUUCCUCAUUACUGGUCUCUUCCCGCAACAUUUCCCAAGGCGUUACAUCUUUUGGGAACUGUACAAUGCUAUGGUCGAUCGAUAUCCCGACGAACUUGCUGUCGAAAAGUUACUCGCCCUGAAUUUCGAUGGAUCCUAUAUCUAA